AUGUAUUCGGAUGAUGACCGUUGUACCAUUCUCGAUAACUUUCAACAUGGCUCGAAUCAAGGAGUAUCACAGAGUGCUGAUAAUAAGAUUACCAAGGAAUUAAUGCAAACCAUUGAGUUGUAUAACUCUGUAAAUGGAUCUUUUACUCAUACCUCUCCUAUGGCGGAUGGAAAAGUAAUUUUAGUGGGAGACAGUAUGGUUGGAAAAACUUCCUUAUUUGUGAGAAUUAUUAGGAAUGUAUUCAGCAACAACUAUCGCCCUACGAUUGGCAUGGAUUUCAACAUCAAAAAAUACAAAAUUUUAGAUAUUCCUUUUUCAGUUGUGCUGUGGGAUACAGCUGGUCAAGAGAGAUUCAAAAGUCUUUCCACUUCAUAUCAUCGUGGAGCAAGUGCUUGUAUUUUAACCUUUGAUCUGAAUAGUCCUGAAACACUUCAUUCCAUAAAAAAUUGGUACAACCAAGUGAAGGCAUAUGCAGAAGAGCCAAAUAUUAAAUGGUAUUUGAUAGGAACAAAGUGUGACCUUGUUAAGCAUGUGGAUGACAGAGAGGUACAACAAAUUGCAGAUGAGCUGAAAGCAGAGUAUUGGGAAGUAUCUUCAAAGGAUGGCAUUAAUGUUGAAAAAUUGUUUAAUAGAGUUGCCUUUAUUGCGUGGAAAGACAAACUUGAGAAAUGGAAGGAGGUCAAUUCCGUCCAAGAUAAGAAAGAUCAAGAAAAUCAACCGCAAGUUCAUGUCAACCUGGACAAAUCCAACUCUUCGACUCAACCAGGAAGCAAUGGCGGAGGCUCAACUAAUAAUGGUGGGUCUUCAUCUCAGCCGUCAUGCCCUUGUUAA